UGUGUACCUUGCGUUAGAACGCACCCUGCAUCAUACCUGCCUGGAAUGGCUGCGCGGGUCGUAUGCACGGAUGCACGGCGCAUGUCUUAUAUCCAUGAAAUUCUUUGUCCUUCUCCCGACCACUCGCUAACAUGUUGGCAUUUCAGGACACUCGACUUGCACUCCUUCACAUUCCGUUACAUCUCUACAGUAACUUUCUUCAGUCCGUGCUACAGCUAGUGUUGCCGUCCUCAUCGGUUGGCACUAGUUCCAACGGCAGCAAUGGCGCCGUGCAACCACCUGAUGGUUGGGACGAUGAGCAACCAUUCAUCAACAUCUCAGUUACGCCCGUCGAGUGCUCAAUUGUCUGCUCUCGGAAGCUUGUCAAUGAAUUCUUCGUUCCCGUCCUGAGUCUGUUGGGCCCCGAUGCGCGAAGCGAGAUCGCAAUCACAUCAGAAGACUUUGUGGUGAUGCAAAUUGAUGGUGAGGGUCUUGACGCAGAUCGCCGGGUUCUGGAGUUGACCGGGCCUCUCGCUCUGGCUGGGAUAUCAAUCUUUUUCAUCACGAGCUACUACUCAGACUAUAUCCUAGUACCAUCACGUUAUCGCAACAAAGUCAUCCAGGCUCUAGAAGACAACGGCCUACGUUUUGAGGACCAGACUUCGUCGUACAUUCAUCCAGAUCACUACAGCCGCAAAUCGUCAGUGCCGACUUUUGAAGUUCAGCCACCCGGGACGCCGCCUCCAGCAACCGUCUCCGAACUGCAGGCACGCACAUUUGCCACACUGAAGCGCCGCAACAUCGUACCCACAGUCGAUUCAAAGGUUCGCCUCGUUCAAUGUGGCAGUCGUCGAGACAGCCAGAGCAAUGGCUCGACAACAUCUGCAGAGGACGCGCUACACCUUGGGUUGGUCAAAUGCCUCAUCUCGUCCCCGUGUCCGAAAUUUUUAUCCCUCACGCUAGCUGACAGCGAACCUGCGUCACUCCUCAUCGAUCACACCCUGCUUCCGAACUUUUCGCAAGACGUCUUGCUUGGCUCGAAGCAGGAAUAUCUCAUCCCAAUCUCUCUAGACCUACGCGACCUGCCAGCGGAAAGUACGGGUAUCGUGUGUGGUGUUGCAGGGCGCCUACUUGGGGAAACCUCUGAAGGAUUCCAGGAGCCUGUUGAGAUGAGCUAUCUUAGUACAGCGCGAGCUGGCACAGUGAUGGUCAAGGAGGCUGAGCUGGAUCGCGCACUACAAGCUCUACGUGGUGUGGAGAAUGGUAUCCUAUCGACACCAGACUGAUGAUCGUCUCAAGUAAGUGUCUGGAUAUAAGGGUUGAGUGGUUGGUGUUCUGCAUUGCGAAGCGUUAGCAUCUUUCCUUCUGAAGUUAUGUGCGUUCUGUGUUAGCGGCUGGAGACUAAGUAUCGUUCCUUGCGAUCAUGAAAGCGUUC